AUGGCGUGCACUGGCUGCCUGGCGGGCAAGAUCGAGUACAAGGACAACCAGCGCUUCCAGGACAAGGGCGAGCCGCUCAUCUACUGUGUCGCCGCCAUCCUUCCCUUUGCGUACCUGGUGGGCCUGCUGUUCACCCUAAAAACCCACUCGCACCUGUUUGAGAACCCCGAAGAGGAGGAGGGCGAGGGCGGCGGACACGAGGGACCCGAGUGGCCGGUGUGGAAGGCCGUCGUCGUGCUGCUCAUCUCCAUCACCCUCUUCUCCCUCAUCGCCGAGGAAAUGAUCAAGGCCAUCGAACCAACGCUGGACGCGAUCGGCAUCGAGCAGGCCUUCGCCGGCGCCACGGUCAUGGCGCUGGUGCCCUCCUCCGCCGAGUAUGUGAACGCGAUCACGUUCGCCAUGCACAACAACGUGGCGCUUUCGCUUGAAAUCGGGUCCUCGUCAGCAGUCCAGAUCUGCUUGUUGAUGCUUCCCGUUCUCGUGGGCUGGUCGGCCAUUGUGGACCACGAUGUGUCGAUCCUCAUGUUCCCCAUGUUCAUGGUGUUUGCGAUCAUCUUCGCCGUCAUCAUCGUCAACUACCUGUCAAUCGAGGGCAAGGCCAACUACUUCAAGGGAUGCGCCCUGGUCAUCGUCUACAUCCUCUUCAUCGUUGGGCUCUUCUUCCAAUGA